AUGCUCAUGAAACCAACCGCGGGCCGGCCGCAGCGCGCAGCGACGUCGCGAUCGGCCGUCGUCCUCGGCCAUCAGUAUGCGCUCGAGGCCGAAGAGUAUGCUUCUUCCGGACAUCUCGACCGCGCCGAGCAGCUCGAGCAGUUGGCGAGCCAAUGUUACCUUCGCGCCCUUGAUGACAUUGGCGCUGACGACGUCAAGACGCGCGCUGCGCUCAAGCUCAUUGCGGAGAACCACGAGCAGCGCGCCGUGCGGUGGCAGAUGGCGCUCGCGCCAGACGCGGCGCCCCGCCCGUCGUUUCCACCACCUCCGUCGACGACGACGUCCGCAGCGCCGUUUGUCCCAGCGCCCACCUCGGCCAAGAGCGAGACAUCAUCAAGCGCGCCACCCAGCGCCACGUCCAUGCGCGAGGCAGCGUCCGAGAUGGAGGACCUCUUUGAGCGGCUGAAAGCGCUCGGCCUUCCGGGCUAUGCUACGAACGGCGGAGCGCGGCCAACGUCCAAGCAGUACCUGAGCUCGGACCUCGGCGACUCGUUCUGUCUCUUGCCGACGGGGAAUGCGCGCAUGCCACUCGUGUCCCGUGUCGACGGCGAGACGACGCUCAAGGCCGCGAUCGGCAACCGCAACAAGAACCACCGCGAGCGGUACUUGAGCCAGCUCUCGACCGCGCCGUCAUCGCGCCUCUCGAUCCCGAGUCCCAUCAAAGAAGAUGAAAUCAUGCCGUCGCCGGAGAAGCCGCCCCAUCAUGAUGACGACGGGCUCUCGUCGUCACCGUCGACAGAUGCCAUGGAGCAUCUCCGGGCCGCGCUGGCGACGCACAAGCACGAAAUCGCGCGCCUCACCCACACCGUCAAGACGCUCAGCAGCGAGAACGCCAAGCUGCGUCAGGUGCGCGGCUUGACGACGAUGCAUUUCGCAGUGUAA